UAGAGCACUAAUUAACUAGUUCAUCAUCCAUCCAAUGCCUGUGAUCUCUACUCUCUUCUUCUUGGGAAUUAUUGUUCCCUUGGCAACUGCUCUCUCCUUCAACUUCCCUACCUUCGACCAAAGAAGUCUUUCCAACAUCACACUUCAAGGAAACGCAUCAUGGUCUAGUUCUCCAAGUGGUUGCAUUCAGCUAACCAGAAAUCAGCAAGAUGCCAAUAUGACAUUAAGCGUGGGCAGAGCAGUCUACAAGGAGCCUCUUCUGCUCUGGGAUGCAGAAAACCUGACAGAUUUCUCUACCCACUUCACCUUUAUAAUCAACCCGAAUGGCCAUAAGUGGCCUGGAGAUGGCAUGGCUUUCUUCCUCUCUCCAUAUCCUUCCAACUCCAGUAUCCCUCCUAGUUUCAGUGGCUGUGGCUUGGGCCUGUUCAACGGAAGUAUAUGUGACUCAUCAACACACACCUUACCCACACCAACUGCAAUUGUAGCAGUGGAGUUUGACACGUACCAAAAUACUGCAGUCCACGAUCCAUUGUUUCCUCAUGUUGGCAUAGAUGUCGGCUCACUCAGUUCAGUUGUAUAUGAAAGUUGGAAGGACGAUGGCAACAGUAAUGGGAGUAGCAACCAAUGGCAGGGAGAUGCAUGGGUGAGCUACAAUUCAGGCACUCAUAAUUUAAGUGUUUUCCUAACUCUGGAAUAUGGAUCCCGUACUGCAAAUUGCAGCCUUAGCUAUAUUGUGGACCUUCGGCUGGAGCUCCCAUCGCAGGUUGCAGUAGGGUUCUCGGCGUCGACGGGCAUGAGUGAUGAGAUACAUGAACUUUUAUCAUGGAAUUUCUCUUCGACUCUAGUGCAGCGCCCCAUGCAACUUCCCCCUGUGCAAGCCCCCGUGCAACCAAUCCCUGUUCAAGCCCCCGUGCAACAUCCUCCCGUGCGAUCCACCGUGCAACGCAAAAGCAAAAUGGGGAUCAUUGUUGGCACGGCCGCAGGGGUAGGGAUCCUCCUCCUCCUCCUCUUGCUGUUGGUUUUUGUGUUCUUGUGGAGCAGGAAGAAGAAGAACAGGACCAGUAGAAGGAAGAUCGGAGAAAACAAGGACCAGCUAUUUGAUGAUGACUUGGAGAUAGAAGGAAGGCCAAAGAGGUUCUCGUACGAAGAGUUAGCCACUGCGACGAGGAACUUCUCUGACGACGUCAAGCUCGGGGAAGGUGGAUUCGGGUCGGUCUACAAAGGCCAUCUCGAGGACCUGAACCUUGACGUCGCCAUUAAGAGGUUCGCCAAGGAGUCGUCCAGGCAAGGCAGGAAAGAAUACUUCUCCGAAGUCAACGUCAUAAGCCGCCUCGGACAUCGCAAUCUGGUUAAAUUGGUCGGCUGGUGCCACGACCAACGAGAACUCCUCCUCGUCUACGAGUACUUGCCCAACGGUAGCCUCGACUCGUGUCUGUACUCCGCGCAAAAUCAUUUGAGGUGGCCGGUGAGGUACAAGAUCGCACUCGACUUGGCCUCUGCAAUGAUUUAUCUCCACCACGACUGGGAGCAGUGCGUGCUGCAUCGCGACGUCAAGUCGAGCAAUAUCAUGUUGGACUCUGCAUUUAACGCCAAACUAGGGGACUUCGGCCUCGCUAGGCUCAUCAACCAUGACCACGUCUUGGAGACCACGAUGUCUGCCGGAACGCUGGGGUACAUGGCCCCUGAGUGCGUUGACAGUGGCAAAGCCAACAAAGAGUCAGAUGUCUAUAGCUUUGGAGUCGUAGCCCUGGAGAUUGCUUGUGGGAGGAGACCGAGCAAGGGCAAACUAGUGGAGUGGGUGUGGGAACUUUAUGCGAAGGGCGCAACACUUGAAGCAGCCGAUGAGAAGCUAAACGGUGAAUUUGAUGAAGAACAAAUGGAGCGAGUGCUGGUUGUAGGAUUGUGGUGUGCUCAUCCAGACUUCAACCUGCGACCUUCGAUGAAGCAGGCGAUAAACGUGCUCAAUGGGCAGAUGACUCUACCAAUUAAUCUCCCUCCGCGCUAAAAGAUAAAACUUUAUUUAAGUGAAGAAUGUAGUAGCUGUUUAUCGAGAGAUGCUGAGCUAAACCUUCUGUCUUUCUUACAUUUAUCCAAUCUCUGAGACUUCAGUUCAUCAAUGAUAUUAUCAAGAUGUAUCGGGUGAGAAUAUCUUCAUCUAGGUUUUGCAACAGG